AUGCUCCCUAGAAGUACUGCUAAUGGUAUCACAAGUACCUAUGAGACGAGGAGUACGGAGAAGACAGAUGAGGUCAAAACAACCAAGCGUCCGCGUUAUCCGCUUUUCUCCCUAAAAUCCACUCGUCUGCGAAUUUGUAUGAUGCUAGCUUCGGGUCUUUUUGUAACGGCAGCAAUGAGGCUAGACUUGAGUAUGGCUAUCGUCUGUAUGGUUAAUUCUACAGCUUUCGCUACUAAUUCGAGAGACAAAGCCAUUCUGAGCAGCGCCAAAGCAUCUUCAAGAUGUCAACCAUUGAAUCGCGAUUAUGAGAGUGCAAUACAAGCUGGAUAUACGGGUGACUUUAUGUGGAGUCCAGCUAUGCAAUCUGUUCUGUUGUCGGCCACUUUUUAUGGUGGCCUGGCGACGAUUUCAUUUGCUGGUGUGCUGGCAGACAAAUACGGUCCGAAGACCAUAUUUGUAGUUGUUACAUCAGACUACAUUAUUGUCACUCUGCUCAGUCCUCUACUUGGCUCGUUGGUCUUUCUAUGCAUAUUUCGUUUCCAGAAUUAUCAUGGGAAUCGGAGAGGUUGGCACAUCAUACUGAUAUUUUUGAUAAAUCCUGCCGUUACGUUAUGA